GUUUUUUUCGACAGUCAUGUCAGAUUCACUUGCUCCUCCUCCUCUCAACAGAAAUCGUGCUUCCUCCACUACGCUCUGUCCUGCUCUUACCAUUCGCUCGCUAGGCCGUCGUCGCUCGGGGUCAUUGCUACAGCCCCAGUUACCCCCGUGCGACUCGCAAAUACCUGCCCCCGUUGCAGAGGCAGUCGUCGAACCAGAAGUGCCCCUAGAGCAGACAGAACUGCCAUCUCAUAUGCUGGCGGUGAUCGCGUCGCGUGUUCUCCAGUUGGUGGAUGAUUCUAGGCACAAGGUGUCCUGGUCGACGCGCUCGACGCCUAGGUCUGCUUCCGAGGACGAGUACAUUCUACCGCUGUCGGCUUCAGCUGACAAGACGUCGUUUGGCGAUGUGCUCGGCGAGAAAUCAUCAGCGUCGCCACCAGCGUGCAAUUGGCUUCAGCGUCUGCCACCAGUCGAAUUCUCCAUCAUCCUUGUCAUCUCUCUAUUCCCGCUAUCAACAGGGCUCGUCUUCCUUGCCCUGAGGACGCUGCCGAUAUCGUUCUCAUGGCCGCAAAAUCUGGCAGAUCUGGCAGAACUCGGGCGCGACCUGCACGGGUAUUCGCAAAGCGGCCCUGGCCAGCUUGCCCAUGUUAUUGGUAUCCUCGCAGUGACUGCUGUCUGGAAGCAUGCUUGGUCAAUCCCCGGUAGCGUUAUCUGGAACGUCCUUGCGGGCGCGUUGUUCUCGCCCGCGUAUGCUACGCUUCUUCUGACUCUUCUCACUACGAUUGGGUCGACAUGUGCAACACUGCUGUCCAAGCCGCUUGCACCGUUCCUGAGUCAUUUUUUCCCAAAAGCGCUGGAUCUGACGCGUUCUGCGCUGCAAGGUGGGGGAGCGUCAAAGACGGAGAGCGAGCCGGAAGGUCGGACAACGUCAGCGUGGAUCCGUUUAUCGAUCCUGCGGCUAAUUGGAGUGGUGCCCUGGUCCGGUAUUAAUAUAGCGUGUGGUGUGUGUGGUGUGUCUGUAGCGGAUUGCAUUCUGGGCGCAUUCAUCGGUUCUCUUCCGUGGACCGCUGUUACCUGCCAGAUAGGGGAUAUCCUGCAAACCGUCGCAUCCGCGCCUUCUCCGACGCCUCAAACGGUGUCCUCCCUGCUGCUCUCGCCACAGAUCAUGGUCAAACUAGUAUUCCUCUCUUUUCUCUCAUUGGCACCGAUAUUGGGUCGCGAGCAUUUGCGGGCAUGGUUGAGUUCCGAUCAAAGCCACCUCGGCACCGCGGAAUCUGAGCGAGUCUCAAGAUGGACCUGGGUACAGGAAUGGAGACACAAAAUCAGGAUUCCUUCCCGAUCUCGAACCCGCGAGCGGCAGCAGCGGUUCACGAAUCUGGCUGUUCUCGUCCACGAGAAGCGCGCGAUGCAAGAUGUACUCCCGUCAUGAUACCCGUCCCUGACGCGCCUUCACACACUGACACAUAUCAUUACUAGAACCCCAUACUAUCGACGAUCUUCCGCUAAUAAUGCCCCCUUUAUGACCUGGAUUAACGAAUCAGUUGAUAUGAUAUUUAUCCCUUGCCUUCCAUUAUACCUAUCAUCCUGUAUUCUUGCAUUUCCUUCUGACAACUAAUAAAACCACCUACCUACCUUGUCCAUCGAUUUACGUUGGCCGCUUAACACAGAAGCACUUCAAAGCCCUGGAAAAUGCGACGACAAUGAUAAUGCUUGGCUAAAUAAAUACAUGUAUAUGCAACCCCAUCUACAGAAGAUUACGAGUAAAAAUAAUGUGUAUAUGUAUAUAUAUAUAUCUUAAACACCAAGUC